AUGGCCGGGGGAGAGCGAGCUUUUAUACCACUGGGCGUUUUUCCGUCGCCUCCAUUCACGGUUGAAGAGAACUUCCUGAUGGCCCUGGGAAAUCUUCCAUCAUUCUGUGGCAACGCCUUCGUCGAACCGGGGAACGCGGCAUGUCUUUGCACCGGCUGGUCUUUGGGCCUUGUUGGGCAGAAAUCCUUGAAACAGAAACCUGUCAUGCAUGCAGUUCACACUUGUCAUUCCAACCAAGUCACAAGGAGCACUCGCUCAGCAGAUGAACAGCUGCUGGCCAAUCACAAGGGUUUCCGAGUAUGCGAGCUCUGUGAAGACGGACAGGCUGUGGCUGGUGAUGCUUAUCUUGAAUCCUGCCAACUUCCACAAUCACCUCUCCCAGACCCAAACCCCCGCCCAGAUAAGCCUAUUCAGCUGGUUCUUCGGAGAACCAGACUGAAGGGCUCACAAAAUCUUCGACCUGGCAGACGAAGCUUCUCCCAAUCAACCUGCCUCAGCUGGACCUGGCCGCUCAGAUCGUGCCUCCAACUCUCAGUCAGUAUCCAGCUCUCUCCAGGCAUCUCUGCAUUCUUAUCUGACACCCGAACCAGCUCCGUUCUUGACGUUUCAGCCCCCACUGACCAAUCCUCUCGUCGAUAUCCUGCUACAGAUCUCUUAGGCCUUCUUCGUUACCCAUCGGAACCCAGCCCUCGCCGUAGCCACCUUCGACGUCGCCGAGAGCCGUCAGUGGAGCACCCAAAUAUCCCCGAGAGUUCGUCGGGCAGUAGCGGUUUAGGGAACAGCGAAGGCAGGCGCAUUUCACAGGAGCAGACUUCGAACCACGGACAGAGCGAACACCCUCUUUCCAAAAGAAGACGCCUUGCGGACGGAAACAUGAAGCCCGAUGGCGCGACGUCGACCUCAAGUGCGAACGGGUUCUCCCCCAUAUCAAACGGGACUGGUGGCACUCCCUUGAGAAAAGCCAUUUCGAACUCCCUUAAUGGACAGUCGUCAAAUUCAUCUUCACAGGCACCGUCUCAAACGAAUGGUUCAACCGCAAUGUCGACGUCGCCCACAUACUAUGGACACGAUAGAGAAGAGGUUACGAGAAUAUUGAUCCAAAGUUUAUAUGAUUUGGGAUAUCCCGACGCCGCCGUUACACUGAGCCGUGAGAGUAAAUAUGAACUAGAGAGCCCAGCAGUUGCUGCGUUCAGAACUUCUGUCCUUGAGGGUCGAUGGUUUGACGCAGAGAGCAUUUUAAUAAAUUCGUUUCUUGAGCACGAGGCCGAGGGAAAAUAUGCCUUCAAGCAACCCCAACAUGAUGGAUUGGUUCUCGCUGAGGAUGCGGACAAAAACGAGAUGCUCUUCUGCUUACGACAACAGAAGUUUCUCGAGUUACUUGACCAGCGGGAUUUUGCGAGCGCGCUGAUGGUGCUGCGCCAGGAACUCACACCUCUUAACCAUGACAUUGGUCGGCUGCAUUCACUUUCAAGUUUAUUGAUGUGUCCGCCCGAGAAUCUCCGUAUUCAAGCUGGCCUCGAAGAUUCAAUCACAAAUUCAAGGCGUAAUUUGUUAGCACAGUUGUCGAGAUACAUAUCUCCCUCUGUUAUGAUCCCUGAGCAUCGCCUAGCAACUCUUCUCCACCAAGUUAAACAAACCCAAAUCAACCACUGUUUAUAUCAUAAUACUGCCAUAACACCAUCCCUAUAUUGCGACCAUAUGUGUGACCGCAGUCGCUUUCCAAAACAUCCUACUCUGGAACUCAGCCAGCACACUGAUGAGGUGUGGUACCUCGAAUUCUCUCAUGAUGGCACAAAACUGGCCACCGCAAGUCGUGACCGCUCGGUAAUCAUUUACGACGUGAGAACAUUUAGUGUGAUCCACAAGUUGUCAAAUCAUGAUGGCCCCGUUGCCUUUGCAGCCUGGAGCCCUGAUGAUACAAAGUUGAUUAGUUGCUCUCAGGACUACAAGGCUAGGGUGUGGAAUGUAGAGACUGGCCGUUGUAGUCUUACAAUUGACCAUCACCACGAGCCGGUUACAUCUGCAGCAUGGGCCCCAGAUGGCAAAACCUUUGUAACAUGUUCUCUGGAUAAUCAAUCCCAACUUUGUCUUUGGAAUGUUCGCGGUGACGCCCUACAUCGGUGGCCUGGUGCCGCUCGCAUUCGAGAUUGUGCAAUAUCGGCAGAUGGCAAGCGACUCGUUGCGAUCUCGGCGGAUAAAAGUAUUCACGUGUACAAUUUUCAGACUCGAGAAGAGGAAUAUAGCAUGCUUUUAAAGCUCGACGUCACAUGUAUUAACAUUAGCAGAGACUCGAAGUACAUGCUUGUGAACAUGUCCCAAGGCGAGGUUCAGCUACUUGACCUCGAAACCGCGGAAGUUGUUCGCCAUUACUCAGGACAAAAACAAGGUCAAUAUAUCAUUCGCAGUACAUUCGGUGGAGCUGCGGAAAACUUUGUCGUGAGCGGCAGUGAAGAUUCGAAAGUUUAUAUUUGGCACAAGGAGAACUGUAAACUCGUGGAGACACUUGAAGGGCAUAGCAAGGGAUGUGUUAAUGCGGUCGCGUGGAAUCCAAAAGAUCCAGAAAUGUUUGCAUCAGCUGGGGACGACCGCAAAGUUAAGAUAUGGACAAAUGGCCAAAUCGAAACCUCAAGUAAAUCGCAUGUUUCGUCCAAUGGCUCCGCACACUCAAGUGCAAUUGGACUCACACUCAGUCGUUCGUCUAGCACGCGUUAG